CUGCCAACUGUCAGUGUCAAUCAAUGUUUAUCUGUGGAAUCUGUGGUAGGGUAAAUUAAAUACUUAUAUAAUUUGAUUUUUGAGACCCAAAAAUAGAAAAAUGAGCGCUAAAACGGUCGAGAAACCCUACGAAUACUUCGAUACACCCGAUGGACAAGAUACUUUUAAAAAAUUAUUGGCAGCUUACAAACCAACCACCCUUGUGGCUGGAAUGUUGAGUACUGCCGAUGUCAUCUUGGUCACCCAUCCUAAAGGUGUAUUGCCUACCUUAGGCCGAUUGGCAGCCGUCGCUCUCCCAUUUUAUGGUAUUACAACUACUUUUGUUCUCGCAACUAAUACCCUUACUAAUUUAAGACAGAAAGAUGACAAAAUUAACUGGGCUGUAGGAGGGGCCUUAGCAGGCAGUUGUUUUGGUAUAUGGUUCCGUAAUCGUAUGAUUGGUUUUAAUAUGGCUCUAUUCUGUGGCAUUUUAGCUGUAAUUAGGAAAGAAUGUAAUCAGCAGGGAUGGAUAUGGUUUCCAGAGAUUAACAAUAAACGUGGAAUGGCUACCAAACCUCUUCGAAACUAUUCUCUUUUUGAGGAGAGGCCAAAAGGUUGGACUACAGGAGCACAAUAGCCUAAUUUAUGAAAACUGUAGUUUAUGUAAAAAUAAGAUUAUGAUUUAUAAUAAACUUUUAUUUCUUCCUUAAAAA